AAAGAAAGGAAACUCUAAUGUCAAAAUAAUUUAACACUUUCCCACGAUAAGCGAUUUUAAAACGAGAGCCAACGAGUACAACAAAGACAAUCGAUUCCUGCCUAUUUCAGGCAAUAAGAUGGGGAAAACACGCCGCAACCGCGCCCGGCCCAGCCGCAAAGACCCCAUCCAGAAGACGGUCAAGCCACCCUCGGAUCCCGAGCUGGCAGCACUGCGUGAGAAGUCCAUCCUCCCCGUCAUCCGCGACCUGCAGAGCUCGGAUCCCAAGGCGCGCACGGCUGCCGCGUCCGCCGUGGCCAAUCUUGUGGAGGAUGCUCGGUGUCGCAAGCUGUUGCUGCGCGAGCGGGUCGUCCACAUCGUCCUUUGCGAGACGUUGACGGACUCGGCGCUCGAGAGCCGGGCCGCCGGGUGGGAGAUCCUGCGCGUGCUGGCCGAGGAGGAGGAGGCUGAUUUCUGCAUCCAUUUGUAUCGGCAGGAUGUGCUGACUGCGCUCGACUUUGCGGCCAAGUCUGCAUUGGAAUCACUGGCCUCUAAGGAGGGGAAGCUCACCAAAGCCGAGCUCAAAGUUGUCUGGAACAUUAUCGGCUCACUCGUCGCCCUCACCUCCACGCUAUCUGAAGCCGAUGAUGAGAUUUUAGAGACUGUCGUCGGUCGCGAGUACAUCCUUACAUUGCUAUUAACUGUGAUCGCCAGCUCCGAAUCACCAGCCAGCAUCCGGCUCGACGCUCUUUCGUGCCUCAUGACCCUCGCGGAGGACAACCGCCCGGUGGUAGAGCUUGUUAUCGCCGACCAGGAUCCUAAGCCAUUUACGGCACUGCUUCAGCUACAAGACAGCCGGGGCGUCGGUCGCGUCCUUGUCUGCGGCGUGCUACACAACGUCUUCUCGGCCAUGAAGUGGUGUGAAGGCAGCCCAGGGAGCAGGCAAUUGUCCGAUGCGACUCUCGUGAGGACACUCUCGGAAGAGCUUCAAGUCACGGUGUCAGACGGGGAUAAGGGCAGUGACGAGUUACCGGAGAACAGUCAAUGGUCCAAACAGACCGAGGUUUUGCAGCUGGCUCUCGAGAUCCUGGCAUCCAUCGGAACCACGCUUCAGGAGUCGAUGGCGAACAGUCAUGCAAGAGACGAAGAAGAAUGGGGAGGCAUUGAAGACGACGAUGCUAUGGACGAGGACAAGGAUGCAGGCGACGACGACACAAAGGAUGAGGAAGCGGAUGACUCCAAGGUCGAGGACGAGAUGGAUGAGGAUGAUAUCGCCGAUAUCCAGGCAGACAUGGCUAUGGUCACCGGUGCAGAUGACGAUGAAGACGAGUCUUCAUCAGAAGAUCUCUCGACCCUCCGGGAACUUGUCCAAAGAGCCAUACCGGAGAUCAUUCGCAUGAUAAACCUGUCGGCACAGAAGGCAGAGUACGUGCCGCUGCAGGCACCGGCACUCUCCGCGCUCAACAACAUGGCAUGGUCUGUCAGUUGCUUCGACUUCUCCGUGGACGAGAACGCCUCGAUCCUGAAGGUCUGGGAACCAGCAGGAAGGUCGAUCUGGGAGAACGUCGUCGGCGCAGUCCUGGCUUCCAACACGGCCGACGUCGAAUUGGCCUCCACGGUUACGAGCCUGGCCUGGGCUGUAUCACGCACCCUCCCGGGAGGCCGGCUCCAACUCGAGGGGGGCGAGCACAAUAAGUUCAUCUCCCUAUAUCAUGCGGCGAGGAAAUUGGACCAGAAGGCCCAGAAGGCCCAGAAGGGCAGCAGCACCGACGGUCAAGGACAGAAUGCCCCGACCAAGGAUGGGGACGAGGAAGAUCCGUUCCAAGGCCUGGGCGUGAAGUGCAUCGGUGUGCUGGGUCAGCUCGCGCUCCAUCCGGCGCCUGUGUCCCUGAACAGAGAGGUCGGGGUCUUCUUGCUGACCCUGCUCUCGGGUCUUCCGGAAACUCCCGUGGCGGACGUUGUCGAGGUAUUGAAUCAGUUAUUCGACAUCUACGGGGACGAGGAGUACGCUCAGGACAAGGAGGUUUUCUGGAAAGAUAAUUUCCUGGAGCAUUUAGAGCAGGCACUGCCGCAGGUGAAGGCGGCGGUCAAGAAGGUCGACAAGAGGACUAACUUGGAACUGCGGUCUCGUGGCGACGAGGCCGUGUUGAAUCUUGGGAGGUUUAUCCAGUACAAAAAGAAACACAAGCCUUGAAGUCAGAAUUUGGACGGGAUAGUAGAGGUUUUAAUCGGUUGUGCAAGCCAACAUACCCAACAUGCGGGAAACCUGGCAGGCACCUCCUCCAUAGGUACUAUGUAUUGAUGGCUCUGCUGGCGGGGGCCAUGCGAUGGCGCGUGGUCGCCGUGAUGGGCAACCCAGCGACGAAUCAGUAUGGAACUGGAUCGGUUGGAGGAGCAGAGCUCUAGUCUAAAUUGGCCAGUCAGGCUUUUGAUAGCGAAUGAUGAAUCGUUGUGCA